AAUUUCCGCACAUAAACUUAUUCUUCAUAACACCAAAAUUAAAUUUUCUAGCACGGUGCUUUCUCUUUAAAUUUGUUCCCCCUCUCCCUCCCCUAUUCCAAUUUCCUUCACAAAACUCAUUCCCAAACACUCCCAAAACAUAUAUUUAUUAAUUAACGAGGGGGAAAAAACAAAAAAAAAAAAAGAAAAAGAAAAUAGACACCCACUUCUUAUAGAUAAACAUAUAUGGAUUCCUUCUCUUCACGAGUAGUUUUGGUGUUGUUGUUAUCUUUCUUUUGUAGCUCCAUUUGUGCUUCCGCCAACUUUUACAGAGACUUCGAGAUUACAUGGGGAAAUGGCCUAGCUAAAGUGCUCAACAAUGGAGAACUGCUUACUCUGUCCCUGGACACAAACUCAGGCUCUGGAUUUCAGUCCAAAAAUGAGUAUUUGUUUGGGAAAAUCCACAUGCAGCUCAAACUUGUUCCUGGAAACUCUGCUGGAACUGUCACUGCCUACUAUUUAUCCUCAAAAGGACCAACACGGGAUGAGAUAGACUUGGAGUUCUUGGGCAAUCUGAGUGGCGAUCCUUAUAUCCUUCAUACCAACAUAUAUACACAAGGCAAAGGUAACAGAGAGCAGCAAAUUUACCUGUGGUUCGACCCCACAGCUGAUUUCCACACCUACACUAUCCUCUGGAAUCCACAACGAAUCAUCUUAUAUGUUGAUGGGACACCCAUUAGAGAGUUCAGCAACAUGGAGUCCAUCAAUAAUGUUUCAUUUCCCAACAAGCAGGCUAUGAGGAUUCACUCCAGCCUCUGGAACGCCGACGAAUGGGCAACGAGAGGAGGUCUCAUCAAGACUGAUUGGACACAAGCUCCAUUCACUGCUUCGUACAUGAAUUUCAAUGCCGUUAAUGCUUGUGUUUGGUCUUAUUCUUCUGCACCAUCGUCUUUUCAUUGCGAAAAAGCAUGGCUCGGAGAAGACCUGGAUUCCUCAAGCAUAGAGAGGCUCAAGUGGGUGCAGAGGAAUUACAUGGUUUAUAACUACUGCACUGAUACAAAGCGCUUUCCCAAAGCCCUGCCUCCAGAGUGUUCUUUCACCAAAACUUCAUAGAGAGAUGUUAAGUUCUCUUGUAUUCUGCAUAUAGCUGUAUAGCUAGCUAGCUCCAUUAGUUUCUGCAAUCUAAUUAAUUUCAAUAUAUUUUUCAAAUAUGUAAUAUAAAUAUAUAUUUUCUGUCAAAAA